GACUCUACCUGGCCUGCCCGCUGGGUGUUUCGCUUACGCGGUAUGCUGACCGGCUCCUGCCGGCCCCAGGGACCAGCGGGACGGGGUGCUGUGGCUCAGUGACCGGGGCGAAGGAGGAGGACAUCCCUGUCUUCAAGCGGAGACGGAGGUCCAGCUCCAUAGCAGCCUCGGAGAUGAUGGCUCACAGUCAGAGCAACAGCAAGUCCCACCGCAGGACUUCGCUGCCUUGCAUUCCGCGGGACCAGUCAUCGGGCACCAGUGUGGUGGUGGACAUCGCGGUGAUGGGUGAGGCCCACGGAUUGAUAUCAGACUUGCUGGCAGACCCCUCGCUGCCCCCUAACACCUGUAGCUCUUUGAAGGCUGUCAGCAGCCUCCUCAGCACCCAGAUUAUCCUCCAACCUCUCCAUCGGCCCCACGCGCCGCCAGUCACACACGCUUGCUCCGACACAGAGGACGGGCCCGAUAAAGUCGAAAGAUUGGCCAUUCCAAAGCGUCUAAGGCGGAGCCUUCCUCCAGGGUUGUUGCGGAGAAUCUCAUCAACGUGGACCACGACCACGUCGGCUACUGGGCUACCUGCCAUAGAACCUGGACCUGUACGAAGAGACCGCUCAGCUAGCAUCAAAUACACCACAGAAAGUGAAACAUGGAGAAACUCAGUGAUGACAACUAUCUCAAAAAGCCGCUCCAUGUCCGCCUCCUGUGCUGCAUCUGUCACAUUAAACCACAUCUACAGCAAAUCUCUGGGAAGAACAGGUUUCACCCACUCCAACAUAUCACCUCUGGGCUCUCCUUGUCCGUCACCUCCUGUUCAGGGUACUCCUGCCUCCAGCCCAACUAUCAAGACAUGCUCAGUUCAGCUUCCUGAGAUUGCCGGGCCGCUGACAGAGCAGACCCCUGGCUGUGUGGGAUCCAAGAGCCACCACCAAGCCUUAACACACAGCCAGAGCGCCCCGAGCUCCACCACACCUCACUGGCGACCGCCAUCACUCUGUAGCAGCUGCGGCAGGCCGUUCAACAAUCGACUGAACCACGGGGUGGACUCUAUUGUCAAGGUAGACCGAAUACCCCGUCCAGACGAGCGUGCGGUCACCUCGUCGGACUAUGACAGCACCUACGACAGCACUUAUGAGACCAACCACAGUGACAGCAGCGACUUUGCACAGAACGAGGAAGAGGCUGAAGCAGGCAAGAAGCCGUCUGAGUCAAAAGAAGGCCGCCGGGGGUAUCUGUCGGAGAGCAUCAUUCUACACCCACUCUUGCCAUCACCUGAGAACAAGCUAAUCCUGGCCCCAGAGCCUCUGGUGAUGCCUGAGUUGGAACCUCUCAUGAGUCAACUCAACAAAUGGAAUUUUCCAAUUUUCAGUCUUGUGGAGAGGACUCAUGGAAAAACAGGUUGCAUUCUCAGCCAGGUGUCCUACUGGCUCUUCGAAGACGCGGGCCUGUUCGAGACCUUCAAGAUUCCUAUAACAGAGUUCAUGAACUACUUUCACGCUUUGGAGAACGGUUACAGAGACAUCCCCUAUCACAACAGGAUCCAUGCCACUGACGUGCUGCAUGCUGUUUGGUACCUCACCACUCAGCCUGUCCCCAGUCUGCCCACGCUCCUGACUGAGAACGGCAUACACAAAGACCCGGCAAACGGCAUAACCCCUGGCGCUAUGGCCUUUCUGUCAUCCAAGACGCGCUCUUUGCUGGAGGAAGGCUAUGGCUCCUUGUCUGGCCUAAUUCCGGGCCUAGAGCUGAUGGCCUUGUAUGUAGCUGCCGCCAUGCACGAUUACGACCAUCCCGGAAGAACCAACGCCUUUCUAGUAGCCACCAGUGCGCCACAGGCUCUUCUAUACAAUGACCGUUCUGUCUUGGAAAACCACCACGCUGCUUCAGCGUGGAACCUCUUCAUGUCUCGUCCGGAGUACAACUUCUUGGUUAACCUUGAACAUGUUGAGUUCAAACGCUUCCGAUUCCUUGUCAUUGAAGCCAUCUUGGCCACAGACCUAAAAAAACACUUUGACUUCCUCGCAGAGUUUAAUGCCAAGGUGGGUGAUGAAGGAAUGUCUGGUAUUGACUGGACAAAUGAAAAUGACCGCUUGCUGGUGUGCCAGAUGUGCAUCAAGCUCGCUGAUGUCAAUGGACCACUGAAGUGUAAGGAGCUGCACUUGCAAUGGACUGAGGGGAUCGUCAAUGAGUUCUACGAACAAGGGGAUGAGGAAGCAAGCCUGGGCCUUCCCAUCAGCCCAUUUAUGGACCGGUCAGCACCACAGCUCGCUAAACUACAAGAGUCGUUCAUCACUCAUAUAGUGGGACCCCUCUGCUCCUCGUACGAUUCGGCCGCUCUGAUGCCGGGUGACUGGGUCGACCUGCUGGAAGAGGAAAAGGAGGGUCAAGAUAUGGAGGAGGAAGAGGAGGAAGCUCCAUCUCCUGGUUCUGACUUUUCCCAGAGGCAAAACACUGAGAAGGAAAGCAGGAGAAAAGUGUUCUGCCAAAUCACACAGCACCUUCUGGAGAACCACGAAAUGUGGAAGAGAGUCAUUGCUGCAGAAGUUCAGGAGGACACCCUGAAGGAGGAACCGAACUGUCUUAGCACCUCAACUGACCCAAUCACAGCCAUUCACGAGGAAGAGGAGGAACAAGCAAGCAAAGAAGAGGAAGAUUUGACGGAAUGCUUUGAUAAAAGUGAAGAGGCGCCCGCUAUAGAAGACGAUGACGGCCUCUCACAGUCGGAGACGUCAGGCGGGAAAGUGGAGGAAUCGGAGUGAUAGAAGGAACAAUGACCUCCUUCCUAACUAGGAAUUUAUUUUACCGUUUGUUUGCUCUCCUAACUCUUAAUAUUGUAGCCAGCACAUCACUUUGACACAACACUGUAGAAGACGUUUUGGGUAAUUUGUGCCGAACAAAAACAGGGUUUAUGACAAGAGAUGGUGGCGGGAGCAAAUGAAUUGGCCUCAGUGGAAAAAAAAGAAGAAAAAUCAUGUCUUUUAUGUUAUCCGUGGUACCCAGUCCUUAUCUAGCCUGCCCUUUCUUCUGUAUAUGCACAACGACCCCGUUUCACUAAAUUCCCCCAUCAGUGAGUUAUGAGCUGUGUCAGAAAAGUCCCAGGACUGGUUUCACAAAAGCAAUACUUGAAAUCUAAACUACAAACUACGAUUUUUUUCCCCCCCCUUCAAUAUCGGCCAGACAAUUACCCAGCAUGGCUAGAAAGAGAUCCAGCAGCUUUUGCUUCAUUCGGCGAGAGUUGUGGCAGAAGAAUUUGGGGCUGCUUCAGCAUGACGCGUCUGCUCCCAAUCCCCAGAGCAUCUGAAUUCCAGGGGAAUUCAUAAAAGAGAAAAACUUUUAAUUUGUUGUUUAGAUUUGAAAUGUAUCUUUAAUGACACUCCAGGUAGUCUUUGAACAUUUAUGACACACCUUGUACAUUGUCACAUGCCUUGCCAUUACUCUUGUUGCUCCUAGCCUCCCAUCCGAGUCUGAGAAGACUUCCUCUUGAAGACAAUGGGAUAAAAGCCAGGGAAAAAGCUGUUUCCACUGAAACUUGCUAAUGUGGGGAAAAAACAUCACAUUUGCGUACAGACUGAUUUUAUAUAUGCAGACAGUGCUACAGGACAAACAGGUUUUAUACUGUGGACAAAAUAGGAUGUUCAACAAAGAGCCCUCUAAAAGCUUUGCCUCCUAUCAAUGAAAAAUAAUAUACAACAAAAUGGUUUACUUUGUGUCAAACAAUAAUGUGUUUAGAUAUUUCCUCCCACAGCACGCUAACACAUCGAAAGGUCACACAACUCAGGAAGGCAGAGACACAAAACUAAGACGACCUUAUUACUUUCCAAUGCUUCCUGUCCGCCAUAACUGUGCACAUGAUUCACUCACAAAACAAAACAAAACAAAACAAGAUCAUUGAUCAAAUACUUAAAUGAUUUGUAAAACUCUAGUUCUUCCUUCUGGUUCCUGUAUGACAAUUAUAUGAUUACUUUUUGUGUCACAGCCAGGCUUUUCUGCUUAAACUUUGGCAUGAUAAUUGAAACAUUUAUGUUGUGUGCAAUAAUACUGUAUUGAAACAGUAUAGAAACAUGGAUAGAAUUGUUGGUACCCUUCCAAUGAAGAAAGAAAACCCCCAUGGUUACUGAAAUAACCUUAAACGGAAAAUGUAUGUUGACAAGCAACAAAGAGGUUAGCGUCCUUUGGACAGAUGAGAAAAAAACUGAUGAAUUUUUUGGCAAGUCACAUCUGCUCCAUGUUUACAGAAUUCCCCCCCCCCCCCCCCCCGCCCACUCCAAAAAAAAAAAAAACACUGUACCUACUGUGAAACCCGGGAGGAGGUGUGGUUUUGUCCUCGGGCUGCUUUGCUGCAUCUGGCACAGGGUGUCUUGAAUCUGAGCAGGGUACAAUAAAUCUUAAGGCUAUCGAGGUAUACUGAAGCGAAAUGACGCAGCUCAGUGUCGCAAAGCUUGGACUCAGUCGGAGGUCCUCUAAUAGGAUAAUGACCUCAAAUAUGUGGCUAAAAGGACUAAAACAGCUUAGAACAAAACAUAGCACUAGUCUGAAGAGCCUGAUGUAAUUUUUAUUUUUUUUUUUAUGUCAUAAAAUGGUUCUCAAAGAAAAUAAUGGAAUGCAAUAGAUCUUCUUCAGGGUCAAUAAAGCCUCAAUUGGAGUCGUCAUGUUGAAGUUGUGCCUCACACAACUGUCAUACGGUUGCCACGCUGGCAUCGCGCUGCUUUCAUUGUGAGUACACUUAACACAACUUCUAGAGUUAAGUUUUUUCUUUUCACAUCAUUCUUCUCUUAACACCCCUUGUUCAAGCUUGUCCUUCUUUUGGAAUAAGUCACCAACGUUUUGUAAUGUGCGACUUUAGAAGCAUUUCUCUCCCAAUCAUUUGUCAAAUUCCAAAUUGUAGGACUUCAACAGUGGCGCUUUUCUCCAGGGGGGGAAGCUAUAUAAUACAUGCCUAACAUUUUGAUAUACAAUAUUUAGGCUAUGAUUUAGUCAGCACCACCGCACCAAAUCAUGUGUAAACUAGCAGUCAAAUUUCCCUUCAAAGGGAAACGCGGAAGUGUGUCCAGAGCAUAGACAUAUGUGGAAAUCCACAGAGAGAGUCGAUUUCUAUACGUAGACAUCUAUGGAGACAGAGCUGCGGACAGUCGGAAGUUACGUCCGGGAUUUCGGUCGCUGGAAUUUUCCGGCCAACCCCACCGCAGCCCCAUUUGUUGCACUGAAGUGGAGCUACUGUGCAUGUCAAACUUUGAAUGAGAGUCAAUGAGGAAAGACAUUUGUGCCCCAGGAGAGAUGUGACGUCAAUAAAACAGACAACAGAGAUGAAUUGAAACAACUUUAAUCACCGUUACCGACAGUGGAUACUAUUUAUCCUGCUCGUUUAAAAACAGAUAUAUUUUAAAAUAUUUGUAUUUUAUUAUCAAUAUUUGUAUUUAUAAUUUGUUUAAUUGUUUAUUUAUAUUUGUUUUUGUGUUCAACGAUAGUAAUGUGGUGACGUGCUUGGGUGGGUGGCGCUUUAGCGCCUUCUGUUGACCAUCCACCGCUCGACUUCAGGGUUGUUGAACUAU